AUGAACAGCAGAAAGGUUUUUAGAUACGAGGAACACUCAAUUCUUCCUAAUGCAGCGGAAACAGAGUCUAUUUUAAAACCACAUGAUCUUGAGGUUUUAAAACGCCAAUAUGAUAGAGAAUGGCCUUUUGUUAGUACACAAACAAAAUUUAAUUAUGCAUGGGGCCUAGUAAAAAGUAAAAUACGAUCAGAACAACAAGAUGGAGUAAAAUUACUUUUUGAAAUAUAUAGAGAAUCUCCAGAAAGAAGAAGGGAAUGUCUUUAUUAUCUUGCACUUGGUCUUUACAAGCUAAAAAAUUAUGCUGAAGCACGUCGAUAUAACGAUUUAUUGCUUGAAAAAGAGCCUGAAAAUAUACAGGCACUAAAUUUACAAAUUCUUAUCAAUAAAAGCGUAACAAAAGAGGGUUAUGUAGGAAUGGCUAUUGCUGGGUCAUUAUUAGCUGUAGGAGGAUUAGCUCUAGGAGUUUGGGCACGAUGGAGACGAUGA